AUGAAGUGCCUGAUUCUGACGCUGCUGAUUCCCCUCCUCUUUGCGCAAGCCAAGCCUCAUCCUGAACGAAGGGAGUUAAGUGAACACGACCAUAACGAAGAUAAUCCUGAGUUACACAACCUUCAGUUUGAUCACGAAGCAUUCCUUGGCAAAGAGUUGGCGGCUGAAUUCGACAAGCUUACUGAUAAGGAAUCACAGGAACGCCUUACGCAAAAAAUUGAUCAGGAUGGUGACAAUGCUAUUGCUGAAACCGAGUUAAAGCGGUGGAUAUCUUUCGUGUCUAAAACCGCUCUUCGGGCUGAUGCUAAUCGGCAUUGGAAGAAUCUUAACGCGAACAAAAACGAGCCACUGGCUUGGAGGGAUUAUUUAGAGAGAACUUAUGGUGUCGAAGACGAAAUUUCCUCUGAUCCCGAGCGCCAGGCGCAGUACAUUAAGAUGAAGCGCGAUGACGAACGCCGUUGGAAUGCUGCCGACAUGAACUUUGACAACAAGCUCAGUCUGGACGAGUACUCGGCAUUCCUCCACCCCCAAGAUUACCCACGAAUGCGAAACGUUGUCAUUGAGGAAACACUAGGCAGCGUAGACACAGAUCACGAUGGUUACAUCUCGAUUGAGGAAUAUCUUGUUGAUUUGGCAAAGUCCUACGGCCGACCGUUUGAUCCAAAGGCUCCAUUGGACGACUGGGGUCAGAAGGAGAAGGAGCAGUUUCUGAAGCACCGCGACAGAAACGGUGACAAGCGCUUAGACCGCCAGGAGAUCGGUGAAUGGAUCAUGCCCACCGACUACGACCCUGUCGAAGCAGAGACAAAGCACCUCAUCUACCACGCUGACGACAACAAGGAUGGAAAACUGCAAGAGAAGGAGGUGUUGGAGCAUCAUAGCUUGUUUGUGGGCAGCCAGGCUCUUAACUAUGGACGUCCAUUGGGACACGAGGAAUUAUAA